GUGCUGGGCCUGGAGGAGCUGCUGGGCUCGGCCGGGCGCUGGCCGCUGCUGCUGGGGCUGGGGCUGGUGCCGGCGGCGCUGCAGGCGCUGCUGCUGCCGCUCUGCCCCGAGAGCCCCCGCUUCCUGCUGGGCCGCGGCCGGGGGGCGCAGGCACGGCACGGCCUGUCCCGCCUGGUGGGGCCGGAGGCGGCGGGGGCGGCGCUGGAGGCGCUGGGGGCGGAGCUCCGAGGCCCCGCCCCCCGCGUGGGGAUGCUGCAGCUGUGCCGCAGCCGCCGCUACCGGCAGCCGCUGCUGGUGGCCGUGGGGCUGCAGCUGUGCCAGCAGCUGUCGGGCAUCAACGCGGUGAGGGCGGGGCCUGGGCGGGUGGGCGGGGCUUGGGGAGCGGGCGGGGCCUCGG